AUGAUUGAAUCAUGUCCAAAAAAACGCAUGCUGCUAGGAAUAACAUUUCUAGGAGUAUUAACGAUUGUCGUUUUAAUUGUUGAAUCACACUGGACAGACAAUAAUCGAGCUACAUCACGAAGGAAUAAUUUUAUAGUGGAGCAAAAUUCAACGUGUUUUGAAAAAGAACCAUUUGAAGUCAUAAAAGAUUGCGAACCAUGCACACCAUUCGAACUUAGAAGUAAAAGUAUUGGAGUUUGUAUACACACUCACUAUAAGGAGGUACUAAAAUGUGCCAACGGUGAAAUUGUAACCAGGAGUUGUGAUAGAGCAGCUUAUUAUGAUGAACAGGAAUUUUGGAGAUUUGAGGGCUUCAUGCUGGCAAUGAGUAUUUUAUCAACGCUCUGUGUAGUCGCCAGGAAGAAGGUUUUAAAUAAGCGUAUGCUACAGAGGGUCCAAAGGCAACUAGCAAAUUGUGUAUAG